CCGAAGUCCAGUCGCUGCCCUCGGUUUGCCCCUGCAAAAUUUCUGUGCCUUCCCCUUCUCUACCCUUCUUCCCUCUCAGGUUCAGUUUGUAACUUCUGCUUGAGCUUCUGGGCAGACUUUGAUUCUGUAAGUUCCGACGCACUUCAGCUUUGUUUUUCGCUGUAAAUUAUCUGUUUGGUUGCUGAGAAAAUAUCAGAAGCUUUAGGAUUUGUGAGUUUGAAGCAGCCUAAUUAGAGUAUAACGUAGCAUGGUCUACUCAGAAACGCAAAUUGAGUUCUGUUUUAAGUUCUGUGUUUGAUUGUAUUGGUGGGGGUUGGUUUUUGGACCUGUAAUGGCGGACCAUAGUUUGGUUCUUGGGCAGAAUGGUGAUCUGCCAUUGAGGCAGAAUUCACAUCCGGGACGGGGGCUGAAUCACAAUCUGGUUCCGGGUCAAAGUCAUGGCCUUGCAUUGAGGCAUGCCCCUGAUCAGGAUUUGGAAUUAGGGCAUGGUAGCCAUGAUGAUAAGCAGGGUUUUAGACAUCCCCAUGAUCAUGGAUUAGCUUUCGAUCAGACAAAUGAACAAGAGAUAGCCCUUCAACAUAGGCGCAUACAAAAUCUUGAAGAAGAAGGUUUGGAGUUGGAGCAAGAUAUUGGUGUUGAAACUGAUCAGGAGAAUGUUGAUGUCAAUGAAAAUGACAAUGACCUUGCUCUUACUGUGGCAACUCAUGAGUUGGGUUUAUCAGAUAAUCAUGCAUUGUCAUCGGUGGAGGGCCAUGAUCUUCACGAAAAUUUGGAUUUAGCAAUGGAUCAAAAUCAGGAGAUGGGUAUUGUGCCUGACUCAGACAUGAGUUUGCAGCAAUCCCAGCUUUUAGAUACUCCUCCUGUCCUUCAGUAUCGAUCUCAUGCUAUGACAACUAAUCACCAGCUGGCUGUUGGGCAAGAGUUUCCUGAUGUUCAGAGCUGUCGAAGGGCACUGAGAGAUGCUGCUAUUGCCCUUCGCUUUGAGAUGCAGACUGUCAAGUCUGACAAAACUCGUUUCACUGCCAAGUGCGCAACAGAAGGAUGCGCUUGGCGAAUUCAUGCUGCAAAGCUGCCUGGUGUCCCUACUUUCACAAUAAGGACCAUCCAUGAGGAACACACCUGUGGUGGAAUCACCCAUCUUGGUCAUCAACAAGCCUCUGUCCAGUGGGUUGCAGAUUCUGUGGAACAACGUUUGAGGGAAAAUCCUAAUUACAAGCCAAAAGAGAUACUAGAAGAGAUUCACCGAGUUCAUGGCAUUGCAUUAUCGUAUAAGCAGGCAUGGAGGGGAAAGGAACGCCUCAUGGCAGCUGUUCGUGGAUCCUUUGAAGAAGAUUAUCGACUCCUUCCUCAAUACUGUGACCAGAUCAGAAGAACCAAUCCUGGAAGUAUUGCACAGGUUUAUGGGAGUCCUGAUGAUAGUUCCUUCCAACGCCUAUUUGUUUCAUUACAUGCAUCUAUAUACGGGUUUCUGAAUGCCUGUCGACCUCUUCUUGGGCUUGAUAGGACUCAUCUGAAAAGUAAGUAUCUUGGGACUUUGCUUUUUGCUACUGGGUUUGAUGGAGAUGGAGCUCUGUUUCCAUUAGCGUUUGGGGUGGUUGACGAAGAGAAUGAUGAAAAUUGGAUGUGGUUUCUCUCUGAGCUGCGUGUCCUGCUUGAAAAUUAUGCAGAGUACAUGCCUAGGCUUACCAUUUUGUCUGAUAGACAGAAGGGCAUUGUUGAUGGGGUGGAACUAAACUUCCCGACUGCUUUUCAUGGGUUUUGUAUGCGCUAUUUAAGUGACAGUUUACGGAAGGAAUUUAAUAAUCCUCUGCUUGUUAACCUUUUCUGGGAGGCUGCUUAUGCUCUUACUGGCAUUGGGUUUGAACAAAAACUUAUUGAGAUUGAAGCUAUAUCACAGGAAGCAGCCCAUUGGAUUAAACAAAUUUCUCCUCGCCUGUGGGCAACAGCAUAUUUUGAGGGGACAAGGUUUGGGCAGUUGACUGCUAAUAUGGUUGAAUCGAUAAAUUCUUGGAUAGUAGAAGCAUCUGGGCUUCCAAUAAUUCAGAUGAUGGAGUGUAUCAGACGGCAUCUGAUGACUUGGUUCAACGAGCGUCGUGAAAUGAGCAUGCAAUGGACGGGCAUACUUGUUCCUUCUGCCGAAAAGUGUGUUUUAGAUGCAGUUGCGCUUGCUCGUACUUACAAUGUGAUUCGUGCAAAUGAAGCCGAAUUUGAAGUUAGAACCCAUGAAGGAUCAGUCACGGUGGAUAUUCGUACCCGUUGUUGUUCAUGCCGUGGAUGGCAGCUAUGUGGGCUGCCAUGUUCUCAUGCUGCAGCAGCCCUCGAGUCAUGCAGGCAACUUGUAUAUCGGUUCACAGAGAGUUGCUUCACAGUGGCAAAUUAUCGGAAAGCCUACUCAGAGACGAUUCAUCCAAUUCCAGAUAGAACUCUGUGGAAGGAGAUAGCUGGAUUCCCAAAUGAAGGUAACCCGGAGAUGUGGAUGGUUAUUAACCCGCCAAAGUCGCUUCGACCACCUGGACGACCAAGGAAAAGGCGAAUUCGCACAGAAGAUGGUAGUCGCACGAAACGAGUUGUGCAUUGCAGCCGCUGUAAUCAGACCGGACACUUCCGAACAACUUGUGCUGCCCCCAUAUAGUCGCCAAUACCCAAGCUCAUACUGUGCAAAGAAGAUAUAGGCUUUUCUCUGUUAGUAGUGUCUUGAUUUGUAUCUUUGCGUGUUCAUAGGCCUUCAUUAGACACAGGAUCUUCCCGUAGGCUUUUUAUUUCGGAUAGUCGAUGUCCAGUUGAUGCUUCAGUCACAUAUUUCGAUCGUUAAUUAGCAACGUAAUCAGUUAAUUAAACAUUCUUAAUCAAUUAGUUCUAUGAGCUUCUAAUUUUUGUUUGU